AUAAUCGGAUGCUUGCUCAUAUCUAACUAACAAAAGCAUAAAAUGAAAAGUUAAAGAACGGAAUUGAAAAGGAGAAAACCACAAGUUAGCACAGUAGCAGGAAGACACGCUUAAUCAGAAGAGGAAAGAUAUUUUUUUUGAAUGAAAUUCGUAACCACUAUUUUCAAUAUAUAUGUAAUUGAAUGUCUCUUUGAUAAAGUUGAAUUAAAGUUAGCGCAAUUAUAAUUUCACAUAAUAUGUUAUCCUGGCUUCAGAUGUUGGCACGUACGAGAUGUGUGGAUCAACUUUGAAAAGUUCCAUAUGUUGAAGUAAAAGAAAAAAAAAACAGUAGUAACUAAAUGGAGUCGUAGUUUAGAGUUUGAGUGAUUCUUGGCCUAAUUUGUUGAAUCUUCAUCACCUCACUCACUCAACUCGACUCACCACAUUUAUGUAUUUGUACAAACUUUGAUCACCAAGUUGUGGAGAUUCAGUUCAACAAAAAUGGGAAACGCUCUGCCCAAAUCCCCCCAAAUCGCACUACCCCAUCACCAUCAUCAACAAGAAGAAGAAUCCGAGCGCGAAUUCACCUGCGAAAUCUGCGUGGAGCCGGCGCCGACUUCGGAGAGGAAGUUCCGGAACGGCGACAAGUGCUGCCACCCGUUCUGCACCGAGUGCGUGGCGAAGUACAUCCGCGUGGAGGUGGAGGACAACAACGCCGCCCGCAUCAAGUGCCCCGCCGUGGGCUGCCGCCACGCGCUCGACCCGCUCGACUGCGCGGCGCUGGUGGGCCCGGCUCUGUUCGUGCGGUGGUGCGACGUGCUCUGCGAGUCGGCGAUCGUGGGGAUGGAGAGGUGCUACUGCCCUAAUCUGAGCUGCAACGUGCUCAUCGUGAACGAGUGCGGCGGAGUCGCCAGGAAAUCCAAGUGCCCCAACUGUAAGGACCUCUUCUGCUUCGACUGCAAGAGGGUUUGGCACGCCGGCUUCCCCUGCGAAGAGAGCGGGGCCCCCAGGGAUGCCAACGACGUCGCUUUUGGGAUGCUGGUCGAGCACAACAGGUGGAGGAGAUGCCCGCGCUGCAGGCAUUUCGUCGACCUCAUCGAGGGCUGCCCCAUUGUUAGAUGCAGAUGUGGGAGCAGUUUCUGCUACCGUUGUGAAGUACUGGUUGAUCGGCCGUGGUGCCGUUGCAUGACUAGUUCUCUACGUCAGUGCCGUGUUUGGUGCUACAGAAUUUGUUUACUUAUCAUCUUCCUCAAUCUUGCACUUUUUUUCUUGGUGUGGGGAAUCAAGAAACACAAACGAAUGAAGAAAUAGACUUGACUUACACUUGGAAAUAUAGAGAUGGAACAUGAGACUUCUCUUUUAUGUUAUCUUGUCCUACUCCAUCCAACAUCUCAUGGGAAUGUUGAAAUAUAGCUGAAUAUUUACAUGCUAAGUAACUUUCAACAAUUUGUGUUUAAUGAUUCGAUAUUAUUGUAUCAUUUUGGAGGUCA